GCGCGAGGUGAGACCGAAAGGAAAUGACUGGACCCAAAACAAAGCACGAGCUAAACGGGGAUGAAAUAUCAGAAGAAAUAAUAGUAAUAUUAGAAAAAAAACACGUUUUGAAUAACGAUGUUUUAACUGUGCGCGCCUGAGAGAACAUGUGCGCUUCGUCCGUUACGCAGACCAUCAGCUGGCGCGGCUGAAACCUCCUCCUCAACCUCUGGAUUGUGGAUUUGUGACAAGUGCCAGGAACCAAACUAGGAGCAGGACUACAACAGUUCCCGGGGAUCGUCUUGCGCGCUCUCUCUCCCUCCUCGCUGCCCUUUUUUUUUUGGACGGGAGCUUCCUUAAACUUUUCGCCUGACAGCACACAUCCCCCCGGAGCCAAGACGUUGUUCCGCGUAGACCCGGGUUGUCCCAGUCCGAGCAGCGCAGUCCGUGUGGGAAGGUCGGCACUCUGCGCCCUGCAGGCCGGAGACAUGAUGGUCCACUGCGCCGGGUGCGAACGGCCCAUCCUGGACCGGUUCCUCCUCAACGUGCUGGACCAAGCGUGGCACGCCAAGUGCGUCCAGUGCUGCGAGUGCAACUGCGCCCUCACCGAGAAGUGCUUCUCCAGGGACGGGAAGCUCUAUUGCAAAAUGGACUUUUUCAGGCGGUUUGGCACAAAGUGCGCGGGCUGUCUGCAGGGAAUCUCGCCGAACGACUUGGUGCGCAAAGCGCGCAGCAAGGUGUUCCACCUGAACUGCUUCACCUGCAUGGUGUGCAACAAGCAGCUGUCCACGGGAGAGGAGCUCUACGUCAUCGACGAAAACAAGUUCGUGUGCAAAGAAGAUUACCCGAGCUCCGGGGCCAUUAAGGAAGUCAACUUGAACUCAGUGUCGUCGUGUACAGAUAGGAGUUUAUCGCCGGAUCUGCAGGACCCAAUACAGGACGACAUAAAAGAGACGGACAAUUCCACGUCCUCAGAUAAGGAAACGAACAAUAUUGAGAACGAGGAGCAGAACUCUGGGACCAAGAGGCGCGGGCCCCGGACCACCAUCAAGGCCAAGCAGCUGGAAACGUUAAAGGCCGCGUUUGUCGCCACUCCGAAACCCACCCGGCACAUCCGGGAACAGCUGGCCCAGGAAACGGGACUAAACAUGCGAGUGAUCCAGGUUUGGUUCCAGAACAGGAGAUCCAAAGAGCGGCGGAUGAAGCAGCUGAGUGCUCUGGGGGCCCGGCGGCACGCCUUCUUCAGGGGCCCGAGGAGGAUGAGGCCCCUGGGAGGCCGGCUGGAGGAUCCGGACAUUUUAGGACCCGUUGCCUACGGCUACUACGGAGAAUACCAAGGUGACUAUUACGGACCGGGGAGUAACUACGACUUCUUCCCCCACGGCCCUCCAUCCUCACAGGCUCAGUCUCCAGCCGAGUCCCCGUACAUCCUGGGCUCCGGACCCGGAGCCAUGGAGGGAUCGGGCCACCACCCGUCAGACGACCAAAGGUUCACGGACAUGAUCUCCCACGCGGAAACCCCGAGUCCGGAGCCGGGCUUACCGGGCUCCCUGCAGCCGGUGCCCGGGGAGGCGUACGGGGGCGGACCCAGUCCUCCGUUUUCCUUGGCGAGUAACUCCAGCUACAGCGCUCCCAUGUCCCACCAGGGCCCGGAGAUGGGAGAGACCGCAGCCUGGUGAAGGACCGAACCACAGGGACCAAUCCUGGGCUGAACGUCAGCCUAGUUAAUUCAGGAGAUGAGUAAAAAACAACAACAACAACAACAACAACACACACACAUUGUGGAGUGAAAAAAUCCAGAUGAAAUUUUUAUGGAGGACUUUUUAAAAAAGAAUCGAGGACUGAUUUUCACAAUUGCCGGACUGACGGAAUGGAGAACGGGACAGCCUGCUGGGGGAAAGCGAUAUUUGCUGCCCGGUAGACCCUCCAAAGCAAAUCCCUUCCUGGAUUACUGGACUUGAAUUAUUUAAACAAACAUAAUUUGCACCCAGCAGAAAACGCUCCUCGCCUUCCCCUCGAUGUAAACGAAGGUAUCUUCUGAUGUUAGAGAGGAAAAUGCCAAAGGGGACAUCGUUAGGUCUCUUCAUUUCUCACCACUGUUUGUUUUUUUAAACGUUGCUUCAAAGCAAUAUUGUUUUUGUUUUUUUUUCUGUUCAUUGCUAAGUUGCCACUCUACCCUCAAUAUGAAUAUUAAGACAAAGGACCAGGUUUAAACACACGCUUUAAUGUUCAUAUACAAACACGUACGUGGUCGAUCGAGACACGAUACGCCGCUUUAAACAUUCUCCUCUGUAAGACAAUGUGUCAAAUCAAAGGCUGCUUCUUGAUAGAAAGUGUACACACAUGCACACACACACAUGCACACACACACAUGCACACACACACACACAUCUCUGGCAUUGACUUUAUCUUGCACACAUCUCAGCUUUAAGUCCCUUAAUGCACAAAAAGCGUUCUUGAUCGUAGCUCAAAAGAAGGAUGUCUAUACCAUUAUUCAAAACACGGACACAAUUAUACAGACACUUGUACUCACUCAAGCGCGUGCACACACACACACACACGCGCGCGCGCGCACACGCACACAAAUCUUACACCCCUCCAGCCGGCCCUGAUAUAGUUCUGCUCUGCAGACUGCUUCACCUGACCUUCCUUUUGUUACUGUCUCUUUUAAAAAAACAUGUUUUAAUGGAAAUGAUUUUCAAAAGAACAUUGAGCCCAUAAUGGAGAAUCUACUUCAACAGCUGAGGUCUCCUUCCUCUAAAGAGAGAAAACAAAAGAGGGGGCAGACAACAUCUGUGGCAUUACCUCUGUCUGCUCUGAAGCACUCAUUGCCAUCUAGUGGCCUUAAGACACACUGAAUACAACAUAAAUAACAAAAAGAAGAUCAGCUCAAAGCAGCGUCCGGCUGUGUGUGGGUGUGGGUGUGUGUGUGUGCGUGUGUGUGUGAUGUGAACAUCUUUGUGCUGCAGAGGACAAACUCUUGUUGUUUUUCUCUAAAUAACGACAAUAAUUAAUUCUUCAUUCUCAGGGCCAAAUGUUAUCAGGGCUCCAAAUUUGAAAAAUACUUCAAAACUACAUUAAAAAGAAGAAAACAUCCACGUCUACCUUAUGAUUCUGCUUCUGAGAGGAGACAAACAAACCAAAUUAUCUGAUAUUAUUCAAGACAAGAACCUCCCGUUAAGUCAUCGUUUUUUAAAACCCGUUGAGUCUCUCGGCUUUCGUUUCAUCGCACACGAACAUUGUUUGAAACAAAACACAGCCGACACAAUGAGUUACUUGAAAUAUUGUUUUUGAGAUCAUUUUGCGUUUCCUUUGGACAUUGAGUGUGUGUCUUAUUUCUGAUGUAUUGAGAUAUUCUUGGAUACAAAAGUGAGCGAGUGUGUGUGUGUGUGUGUGUGUGUGUGUGUGUGUGUGUGUGUGUGUGUGUGUGCGCAUUUAAAGGGGGGAAAGGGAUAAGGCUGUAUUAUUUCUAUGUAAAUAGCACUGGUAAUAAAACCUUCUCUUACAACUUGAAGAACUGGCUUUCUCCUUGAGCAUGGUCACACAGUCUUUCUUCUCUUUC